UCAGACUCAAACCGCUGAAGAAGAUGAACCAAUGACAGUGCACUUUGCAGUUAAUUACAGAGGCAACGUUCAAUACAAACAGUCAGAUAAUGGUGUUCACGAAGAAGAAGAAGAAGAAGAAGAAGAAGAAGAAGAAGAAGAAGAAGAAGGAAAAGAAAGUCAACAACUACUGUCUGAAGAAGAAACAAGUGAUGUUCCAGUUGAUGAACUACCUCAGUACUUUCAGCAUCUAAAACUAAUUCACGACUCAACGCCAACAGAAGGAAGUGAGAAUAGUUUACGGUUAGCAGUGAAGUGCAACAAUCUAGAAGGACUGGAACGCCUGUGGGAAGACUAUCGUUCUGGGCGCUUAAAUAAAAUAGCGGAGAAAUACCUCGUGACAGAUGAAAUUAAGAGGAGAUUUCAUGUGGAGUCUGUAAAUUUAGCAACAGCUAUUCAAGAAGAAGAUUACUUGGCAUGCAAAGAGUUUCUGUCGAGCAAACCAAAAAGCAAUGCUAGUUCACCCGUUAAGGCUUCUGGGGAAACCUCGACUCAAACUUCUACGGAAACUCAGUCCCAGAUUGCUGUCAAACGUGGGACUUCAGAGAAAAUACAGAUUCAACCUGCUGGGGAAAGCCAGAGUCAGAUGGUUGACAAAAGUGAGAUCUUCGUUUCAGGGAAUACUCGCAUUCCAUCUGCGAACAAAACUCGUACUUUGACUGUGGAAGGCACGGAGACCCAAGUUACUGCAGAAGCUCAGACUCCAUCGGCUGAGAAAACUAAGACGAGGACUGAGGAAGCUACAGAAACUGGGACAAGAGCUGCGGGAGCUAGAGAAACUCAAGCUACUGGCGUGAGCCAGAUUCCAUCUGCUGGAAAAACUGAGACCCAGGCUACUACUGAAAGUACGAACCUUACUAGAGACGAAACCUACACCCAUACAAAGACUGCUGAGUACAAGUGCACCCUGCCUACAGAAGAUUUUGAUAUCGAAUUUCCAAAGACAUACGAGACUAAAACUACGAAAGAAAACAGCAAUGCUAGUUCACCCAUAAAGGCUUCUGGGGAAAGUUCAACUCAAACUUCUGCGGAAACUCAGACCCUGAUUGCUGUCAAACGUGGAGCUCUGACUUUGGACGAAAUACAGAUUCAACCUGCUGAGGAAUGCGAGGGUCAGAUGGUUGACGAAAGUGAGAUCUUGGUUUCAGGGAAUACUGGCAUUCCAUCUACGAACGAAACUCGUACUUUGACAGUGGAAGGCACAGAGGCUCAAGUUACUGCAGAAACUCAGAUUCCAUCGGCUGAGAAAACUAGGACGAGGACUGGAGAAGCGACAGAAACUGGAGCUACUGGCGUGAGCAAGAUUCCGUCUGUAGAUAAAACUCAGACCCAGGCUACUACUGAAAGUACGAACCUUGCUAGAGACGAAACUCGGAUUCACCCUCCCGAAGAAACUUACCCCCGUACAAAGACUGCUGAAUACAAGUGCCCUCUGGCUACAGAAGAUUUUGACAUCGAAUUUCCCGAGACAUACGAAACUAAAACUACGGAACAAAAUGUGACAAAAGGCUCGACACGUCCAGUUGAAAAGUUUUCUGGUUCAGCAUUGGACAUUGACGCUCCAAUUGAAAAGUUUUCUGGUCCAGCAUUGGACAAUGACGCUUCAAGUCAACAUUCUUCACGCAAGGCACUUAAGAUCAAUACCACCUUGACCAGUUUAGAUUUGAGUGGCAAAAUGAUUGGUGAUUAUGGUGUGCGUUCCCUCUCCGAGAUUCUUAAGGUCAACAAUACGUUGACUCGUCUGUUGUUGAGCAGAAACAACAUUGACAAUAGUGGCGCGGAUCAUCUCUCUGAAGCUCUAAAAGUGAAUGGAGCGCUGGCUUAUCUGGAUGUGAGUUGGAACAAAAUUGGUGAUAGUGGUGCGGGUCAUCUCUCUGAAGCCCUAAAAGUGAAUGGAACGUUGACUAAUCUGAACGUGAGUCGUAACGACAUUGGCGAUAGUGGUGCGGCUCAUCUCUCUGAAGCCCUAAAAGUGAAUGGAACGUUGACUAAUCUGAAUUUGCGAAACAACAAAAUUGGCGAUGGUGGUACGGUUCAUCUCUCUGAAGCUCUAAAAGUGAAUAGAAGGUUAAGAUAUCUUGAUGUGAGAGACAACAGAAUUGGUGUUAGUCGCACGGCUCUAAGAUUGAAUAGAAGGUUGACUGCUUUGGACAGGACACAGGGCAGCAUUGGUCACAGUGGUGCAUGUCAUCUGACUGGGCUUACUCUCCAGCACAACGUUCGCAGUGGUUUCUCGAGAAAAGUAUUCCCAAAAAAUGAAGGAAGAACUACAUUGGAACCUCCCAAGUGGAGAAAACGGGAAAAUCCUGACGCGUUUGCUCGCGAAAUGGAGAAAGAAACAACACCGGGAAAUAUACAGUGGAAGUUACGGAGUCAAGCCGGACAGAAAGAAGAAGUUUCUGAACAUCAAAUGACGGAAACCAUGAUUCCUAUGAGAAAAGAAAGAAGUGAGUCAAAAAUUGGGAUAACAGCCUUGCAGAGAAUGCGCCCUCAUGCAAGCCAUACAGGUGGAGGCUUAGAAACAAGCGGCUUAAGAAUAGUGGGGACAGCCUCGCAGCGAAAACGCUCUCAUACAAGUCAUACAGGUAGAGGUAGGUACCAUGAUUCAAAAUUGUCUUAACCCGAGAUCUCGUUGCAGGUUGUUCUAUUUUGUAUGGGUUAGUGCAUGGUUUUAAAACUAAAUGACGCAUUUUUCAAGCUGACUUCUAACUUCAGAUUAAAGUUCAUUGACAUUAAAACCAAAGCAAUAACGUGAGCAAAAAAUAUAAAAUCAUUGGAUUUCAGAAAGUACAUUAAAAUAUGUACAGAUCAUCCAGUUCCAUUGUUUGAAAUGGUAUAGAAACGUUGGUCUGAGAGAUCCUUUUAAAGGAGAACCCCUCCCCCCUUCGAAGGCAAAGAGAUGUUUAGUGCAGUUACAAACGACGUGCAAGUACAAACUACUGCAGUGCCCUUUCGAAGUUGUUUAUAAUGCCUCUUGGAAGGCUUAUCAUGAGCAAAACAUUUUGCACUACUCGUGACAUUCUAAAAUUCUUUCAACUUGAACUCGCCUACACUCUCGAUCGUGCAAGUUCGAGAAAAUUUUGUAAUAUUACUCUUAUUUGCACACUCAUUUAUACGUUGCACGAUUAAUACAUAUACAAGUUCACGUACAUGUAAGUAGUUAUUAUAACAAAUGAUUGUUCCGGAAGGCUAGAUAUCAUACACAAAAGAGCUAUUUUAAGGGUAACAGGAACUCUCUAUUGGAGGCAACGUGUGUAUCCAAAACAGUCACAAAUUCGAACUCCAGACGGAGAUUAGAAACUGGGGGUUGUAUCGAUGUGCGAGCUGAAUUCUGUUAACGAAUACACA